CGCAGCUCUGUGUCCCGCUCUGGACUCCUCCGUAGCAGAGACGUGGAGUUCCUGGAGCGGGUCUGUGGGAAGGUGACGAAGGUCAUGAAGGCACAUCUCUUAAAAGUAAAGGCUGAGGAAGCUGGGUCUGUUCAGCCUCUAGGAGAGACAGCUGAGAGGAGACAUUAAUAUCUACAAAUAUCUAUGGGGAGGUGCCAAGGGGAUGAUUCUCGUUGCUGAGCAGUGAGACAAGAGGCAGCUGGCAGAAACUGAUGCACGGGAGCUUGCACCGGAGCGUGGGCAAGGACGCCUUUACUGUGCAGUAGAACGUGUGCUACCACCACAAUGCCUGAAGUAAACACAGAUCACCUGGAUGAAGAGCAGGUGCAGCUCUUGGCAGAGAUGUGCAUCCUUAUUGAUGAAAAUGACAAUAAGAUUGGAGCAGAGACCAAGAAAAACUGUCACCUGAAUGAAAACAUUGACAAAGGUUUACUGCACCGAGCUUUCAGUGUUUUCUUAUUUAAUACGGAAAAUAAACUGUUGCUGCAACAGAGGUCAAAUGCAAAAAUUACAUUUCCAGAUUGUUUUACCAACACUUGUUGCAGUCAUCCCCUAAGCCAUCCACAAGAACUGGAAGAAAAUGAAGCCAUUGGUGUUCGGAGAGCAGCACAGAGACGAAUGAAAGCAGAGCUGGGAAUUCCCAUGGAGCAGGUAACUCCAGAAGAAAUCUCCUACCUGACACGAAUUCACUACAAGGCCAAGUCUGAUGGGAUCUGGGGAGAACAUGAGAUAGAUUAUAUCUUAUUUGUGAAGAAGGAUGUGACACUGAAUCCCAACCCCAACGAGAUCCAAAGCUACUGCUAUGUGACACAGAAAGAACUGAAACAGCUCUUGGACAAAGCUGCCAGGAAUGAAGUUAAGAUUACUCCAUGGUUCAAGUUGAUAGCAGAGACCUUUCUUUUUAAGUGGUGGGAUAACUUGGAUAACUUAAACAAAUUUGUUGAGCAUGAAAAAAUACACCGAAUGUAAAUAGCUGGGAUAAAAGGUGCUGAAUGCUAGCAAUGAUGUGUUGUCUCACUAACACUGUCCAAUCAUGACCUAAGUGCAGAGAAUUGGUCCACAUGGAGCAUGUUUAGUUUAUACAGAUGUUGUCAUGGCCAAUGUUUUUUCUUCUGUCUUUGUCACUUCUUCCCCCUAGUUCUUGGUUCUCUUGGGCCCGUUAAGAUCUCAUGUAAAAUGGGUAACAGUGGCAUGAAACCCCUGGGUUCCUCUUCUUGCAUUUCCUGGUGAAAGAUCCUCAGCCUGUGUGUUCCCCGCACACCUGGGAGGGAGCCUGGGCACCUCCUGCCCAGCUCAGGCAGGAGGACUGGGGUGUUCUACUGAACUUAACCACACCUUAAACAGUGAUUACACACGACUGGGCUCUGCUGUGAUCUUGAGAAGACCAGUUGCCAGAAGGAAAAACAAUUCAAAGUAAUCAGGAUUAUUUUUGAUUGCAGAAAGCAAAUCUCUUCAGCUACUGUACUCUAUAAUUAACCAAACCCAUAAAAGCUUAAGUAAUUGGAUUGCCUGUGUGGAGUAAGUUUGACCUUGAAGUGCUGACACAUAUAUUAGUUUUAGAUAAUAAACAGUGUGGGUUUUUUUCCCUCACCAGGCUUUUCUGAGUAGUUGAUGGCUGAGUACUGGGUAUCUCAUGUUUUAAAAAAGGGUUAAUUACAAAGCAAAUGUAAAUGGUAUCUGUCUGAUGUCAAUAGUCUGUUUUUGGAGAGGGGAUAUGGACUAAAUGGCUCUUCUCCAUUUUCCAGAAAACAAAGGCAUCUUGGUACAAGGGCUUUUCUUUUCCUGUAAUAGUUGUUCCCAGACAACUCAAACCCACUGAACCCCAAAAUUCGAGACUGACAAUUUGUGGGUUUACACUGGGUCUUGAUGUCAGUUAAUUAGAAAUUGUACCAGAGUACCAGAGCUAAUCCUUUUUGAUCUUGCAGUCAAUCAAUUGCUAGUAACUUAGGAGGCUUUUUUCACUAAGACAAAUAUUAAAGGGUGCUUCAAUUUUAAUUAUAGUCUGGGGGUGUGGAGGGAAGGGCCUCAAAAAAGUUUGUGAUUUCUUCUGUUAGCAUGCUACUCAAACUAGAUUUUUUAAGUUCUCCCAGAGCCUGUUGAAAUAGGAUGUUUGUCAUACCACUUAUCAUUCCAUGUAAACACGGUAACGAUUCUGUCUGGAUUUGGGGUAAAAUGAACUCUUUCUCAUCCCUGUUGUGACUGUAGCACUGAAGCUCCCAUAUGCCAGCACCUCCAGUGGUUCAACACUUCGAGGUUUUAGAACCAGGUUUGUUGUGUAUGGGCUGGAACUGAUGUAUUGUUUCAAACCAAGUAUCAGGUGAGGGAAGUGAUGUGAUGUAGCAGCUCUCUUGAAUUUAGUGCAAUCAGCCAUGUUACCCAGCUGUAGGCAAUGGAGAAGUUCUCAAAUAAGUUUCAAAUCUAACUUUAUAAUUAAAACACCUUGCCUAAA